GUCUCGCCUCACAAACAUUGGCACUUUUCUCUCUCUCCUUUCUUUAUUUCCUUUCCCCCAAAUCAAAGCUUCAAAUUUGGUCAUGUCCUAGAAAUCCCACGUCCAAGCAAUUUCAAUCAAUAGUCAAAUCAUUUCUUAAUUCGAUUCAGAUCAGACUUUUAACGGAAAAUUAACAAGUCCAAGAAAACUUGUAAAAGGAGAUGUCUUGCUCAUCGUCAUCCGGGUCUGAGGAAGAGGAUGAGGGCUUCGAUUCCUACAGAAAAGGAGGCUACCACGCCGUCAGGGUCGGCGAUCAGUUCGCCGGUGGGAGGUACAUAGCACAGAGGAAGCUGGGGUGGGGUCAGUUUUCCACCGUCUGGCUCGCUUACGAUACUCGCAAUUCUACAUAUGUUGCCCUCAAAAUCCAGAAAAGUGCAGCCCAGUUUGCCGAGGCCGCCCUUCAUGAGAUAAAUGUUCUUUCAUCCAUUGCUGAGGGAGACCCUUCAAAUUCAAAGUGUGUCGUCCAAUUGAUUGACAACUUUAAGCAUUCAGGCCCAAAUGGGCAGCACCACUGCAUGGUCCUUGAGUUCCUUGGUGAUAGCUUGCUUCGUCUGAUCAGAUAUAGACGUUACAAAGGCCUUCCAAUGAAUAAAGUUAGAGAAAUUUGUAAAUGCAUUUUGAUUGGUUUGGAUUACUUGCAUAGCGAACUUCGCAUAAUCCACUCAGACCUAAAACCUGAAAAUGUCCUCCUCUUAUCCACCAUUGAUCCUGCCAAAGACCCAGUUAGAUCUGGACAAAGCCCGAUUCUGGAGAGGCCUGAGGGAAGCAUAAAUAUGGGAUUUUCAAGUGUUAUUGAGAAAAAGUUGAAAAGGAGAGCCAGAAGAGCAGUUGCUAAAAUAUCAGGAAGAACUUCUUUAGGAGAAGCUGGAGAGGCUCCAAAAUCUGAUAGAAAUGUUGAUGGAAUUGAUGUGCAAUGCAAGAUAGUUGAUUUUGGAAAUGCGUGCUGGGCAGAUAAGCCAUUUGCAGAGGAAAUCCAGACGAGGCAGUACAGAGCUCCUGAAGUUAUACUGCAGGCUGGGUACUCCUCCUCUGUUGACAUGUGGUCUUUUGCUUGCAUUGCUUUUGAGCUCGCCACAGGUGAUAUGAUGUUUACUCCCAAGCCAGGACAAGGUUUUAGUGAGGAUGAGGACCACCUUGCCCUGAUGAUGGAACUCCUUGGAAAGAUGCCCCGGAAGGUUGCCGUCAGUGGAGCGAAAUAGGAUUACUUUGACAGACAUGGGGAUCUAAAAAGAAUUAGGAGGCUAAAAUUCUGGCCACUUGAAAUUUUGAUUGAUAAAUACAAAUUUUCAGAGAGUGAUGCUCGUGAGUUCUCAGAAUUUAUUUCUCCACUUCUGGAUUUUUCCCCAGAGAAGCGGCCAACUGCACAACACUGUUUAGAACACCCAUGGCUUAGUGGUCAAGCCAACUCCAAAUAAUGAGAAAUGAUU